AAAAAGACGUAGUCAAGCCUUUAGUUGCUUCCCCCAUUUCAGUGGGAACACACCUUUUAAAAACAGUUAAGAAAAAAACACAUCAUGGAAUUCGAUUCAAAUAUCAACAGGUUCUUUCGAAAUCCAAUAACGAAAUUCAAGGGACAAGAUAUUGCUAGGAGUGACCCUGAGCUUUGGAAAAUGGUCGAUUACGUUGGUGAGGCUUCCCGUGUUGCCCAAAAUCUUCACAGGCCGGUUACUGUUGCACACUCAUUUGCAAAUUCUAACCAAACCUUAUACAUCAUGACAGAUUCAUCUGCCAAUAAAGGGAAUGGAGCUGUUUUGGGCAUGUUAAAAAUUGGCCCAAAAAAGCUAUUUCUACUGGACAGAAAAGGACAACAAAAUGAGCUCGAACCACUAUGUGUAUUAGACUUUUACAUCCACGAAUCAUGCCAGAGAAUGGGACUAGGAAAAGUAUUGUUUACUCAUUUUUUGGAGGAUGAAAACAUACAUGUUGACAAAAUUGCAAUUGACCGUCCUUCCGAAAAGUUUCUGGGAUUUCUUCGAAAGCAUUAUGGUCUUGUGGACUUCAUUCCUCAAGUGAACAAUUUUGUUAUUUAUGAAGGAUUUUUUGAUAACUGUGACCGUCAAGCAUCAAACAAGCCCUCUACAUGCAACACAAACUCCAGUUCUCUGUCUAGCCGGUGCAACAGUAUGAUUGCUCUCAAUUCUGCAAGCGGACAAAGUAUUAAUUUUCGAACUCGCAGCAGACAGUCAGUCACCGAAUGUUUUUAUCAUGAACCCGAGUGCAACCAAAAUGACCUUUGGCGUACAAAUUCAUUAGUCAAUGUAAGUAGGUCACCGACUGCCCAAAUCAGUGUUCAGAAUCAACCCAAACCCUUUGCCACGGAAACUGCUUCCAAAUUUGGUCAUCAUAGGUUGUGGUAGAAUAGGUGAUACUCGUUCCAUCGUUCAAGCCACAGCUUGAUGUGAUUUGGACUGUUAGACCUCGGUUGUGCGAUUCCGCCCUUGUUCCAUCUGUUUUACUCGUUGGCAGCUUUAAAAUAAUAUUUUCCAUUUUCUUUGUAUAGAAACAUAUAGCGUAAGUUCAGGUUUUGUGAGAUUAACCCAUAUUUCUUCGAAUUAUUUAUUAAAACAAAACGUUUAUCGUGCUUUUGCUUAACAUUAUUUGCGUUUCAUGUUACUAUUGAUGGAUUUUCAAUUAACGUUGUAGAAUAGAUUAAAACUUGUUAUGAUAA